ACCAUCAAGUGUUGUGGAUCUGAAAAGACUUGAGAUAUGCAAUUGUAAGAUAAUGGAAGAAGUAAUGGUGAGGGAAGGAUUGGAAGAAGAAAUAGUGACAAAGAUGUUGCUCCAUCAACUAGAGUCCCUGAAGCUUAAAGAUCUUCCAAAACUCACACGAUUCUGCACUAGUACUUUAGUUGAAUGCCCUGCCUUGAAAGAGCUGUGCAUACAAAACUGUCCUCAAAUGACCACAUUUGUCUCCAAUUAUGCAACUUCAAACAUGGCAUCCGGCAGUGGACUUGAAAUUAUAAGUCCUACUCUCUUUGAUGAAGAGGUUGCAUUCCCCAACUUGGAGCAAAUGCAAAUUCUCAACAUGGAUAAUUUGAAGAUGAUAUGGCACAAUGAACUCCAUUCAGAUUCCUUUUGCAAAAUGAAAGUACUUGACGUGAAAUACUGCGAAGAACUACUUAAAAUUUUUCCAUCCAUGUUGCUGAGAGACCUCCAGAAUCUUGGGGAUUUGGUCAUAUGGAAUUGUAUUUCACUGAAAGAGGCGUUUGAUUUGCAAGAGCUGAUUAAAAUGAAAGAAACAGUGGCCAUUCAAUUGAGAACUCUGUACAUUGCAAAUCUCCCAAAUUUGAAGCAUGUAUGGAAUGAAGAUCCUCUGGGACUUGUGUUGUUUCAUAACCUAAGUUCAGUGUAUGUUAUGGAUUGUCCAAAUCUAAAAUUUAUUUUCCCAGCUUCAAUAGCUAAAAAUCUGCCACAACUCGAAACCCUGCAUAUAAGAAGUUGUGGGGUGGAGGAAAUUGUUGCUCAGGACCAAGGAUUAGGAGCAACUUCUGAAUUUGUUUUUCCUUGCUUAAAGUUCUUGACUUUUGGGGAAUUAUAUGAGCUCAAGUGCUUCUACCCAGGAAUACACACUUUGGAAUCUCCAAUGCUAAAGAGCUUAGCGGUGAAUCAUUGUGAGGAAGUAAACAUUUUUUGUUCAGAAUAUGAGAACUUGGUAGAAACAAAUAAAGAGUGUCAACUCAUGACUCAAGUUCUGCAACCACUUUUCUCGUUUAGAAAGAUUGUCCCCAACUUGGAGCAGUUAACACUGACAAGAAAAGAUGUGACAAUAAUAUGGCAAAACCAGUUCCCAGCAGACCUCUUUCGGAAUCUCAAAGUCGUUGAGAUUCAUUGCUUUCAUGAUGAAUCUGAAGUUUUUCCCUUUCAUCUCCUUGAAAGAUUUCGGUGUAUGGAAAAACUUGUAGUGGCUUGUAGUCAAUUCAAAGAGUUGUUUUCUUAUGAAGGUUCUAUUGGUAAGGAAAAAUAUGCUGAGAUUCUUAGACAGAUACGGCACUUAGAAUUGCUUAAGCUUCCUGAUUUGACGGAUAAAUGGAACCAAGACUCCCAGUUGGACUAUGUUCUUCAGCCUCUGGAAGAUCUUGUGGUUUUGGAGUGUAACAGUUUGAUUACUUUAGCACCAUCCUCUGCUUCUUUCCAAAAUUUGACAACUUUGGAUGUAUGGAAAUGCAAUGGAUUAGUUGGUUUGUUAACAUCCUCAACAGCAAAAAGUCUGGUGCGGCUCACAAUAAUGAUUAUUAAAGAAUGUGAUGGGUUGAAGGCAGUAGUUGCAAAUGAGGGAGAAGAAUCGAAAGAGGAUAUCAUCUUUAGCAAAUUAGAAAGUUUGGAAUUUGAUUGUUUGCCAAGCCUCAUCAGUUUUUGCUCAGCGGAUCACAGCUUCAAAUUCCCCUCUUUGACAGAAGUAAUUGUGAAGCAAUGCCCUAAGAUGCAGGUUUUCUCAAAAGGAGUCUUAAGCACACCAAGGCUGCUAGGAGUAGAAAAAGAUAAUCAGUGGCACUGGAAUGGCAAUCUGAAUGCCGCUGUACAACAAUUAUUUGCAGAAACCGUAUGUGCUUGUUAAUCAAAUUCCAGUUCUCCUAAACCAUAGAAUAGAUACAGAUUAAAGUUUGAAAUCAUAAUAGGUACAAGAUGACCAAUUGGAUUAGAAUGGAAUACUGAGGCCUUGGUACAAUUGUUUGCAGAAAUGAAUGCCAUGGAACAUUGACCCAUCCAUUAUGUGCUCAAGCUGAAAUAAGGCCAACGCUGGCUCUUUGUAGGUGAUGCCAGCCACAAAAUAUCCAUAUUCCUUCAAUCAAAUGCAGGUUGUUAAAGGGCUUUUUCAUUCUCAUUGUGAUCACUUGAAUUCAGAUAAUUGUGUUCAAUAUACAUGAAUACAUUAAUUAAUUAUAUUUUGUUUCAA